GUAAAUCUAUCCAACACAAAACCCCUUCUCUCUCUCUCCCCCUUACCCCCCCCCCCCCCCGGCCACUCCCACCUUCCGGUUUAACCCACCACCUCUUUCCCUCUUCUCAGAAAUUUUAAGAAUCACAGAUUCAAACACAGAAGUUUCAAGUACAGAUUCAUACGGAGAGAGACAAAGGAGGAUGCGAUCCUCGUGUUUGAGGGGAUUGACAUCCGAAUCACCCAAUGGUGUUCGAUCUUCAUCGACGGAAGGUCGUUAAUGGCCUUGCAAAUGACUUGGCAGCCGAGUCUUUUGAAUCUCAAACGCCGUUCCGGUCCUCCUUUAGGCCUCAGAAACCUCGGCAACUCCUGCUAUCUCAACUCCGUCCUCCAGUGCCUCACUUACACCCCUCCUCUCGCCCAAUUUUGCCUCAAAUCCCAACACUCCUCCAAUUGCGAUUUGGCUACGGAGAAAAAGAGCGAGUGUCCGUUUUGUAUACUAGAGAAACGAAUUGUACGGUCUUUGAGUAUCGAUUCAGCCCUAGACACGCCUAUGAAGAUUAAUAAUUGUUUGAGAAUCUUCGCGGAGCAUUUCAGGUGUGGGAGACAAGAGGACGCGCACGAGUUUUUGAGGUAUGUGAUCGACGCGUGCCACAACGUAUGUCUGAGGUUGAAGAAGUUGCAGCAGAUGCAGCUGCAGAGGAAGAAGGGUGGUGGACAUGGAGGUGGUGGGGGUAAUACGGUGGUUAAGGAGAUAUUUGGGGGUGCUUUGCAGAGUCAGGUGAAGUGUUUGUCUUGUGGAGUGGAGUCGAAUAAGGUGGAUGAGAUUAUGGAUAUUAGUCUUGAUGUGUUGCAUAGUGGUUCGCUUAAAGAGGCUUUGAACAAGUACUUUCAACCUGAGGUUUUGGAUGGCAACAACAAAUACAAGUGUGAUAAUUGUAAGAAAUUGGUGGCAGCAAGGAAGCAAAUGUCCAUACUUCAAGCACCUAAUGUUCUUGUGAUCCAACUCAAGAGAUUUGAGGGCAUAUUUGGUGGAAAGAUUGACAAAGGCAUUACUUUUGAGGAAGUGUUGGUGCUUUCAAGCUACAUGUGCAAAGCAAGCCAGGUGCGUGCCUAG